GAACCCAAAGUUGUAACCGGAAGUAAGUGUUUUUCGCCUCACGCUGUUGACGAAACCUGCAGUACACAGACACAUAAGCUAUUUCCUCCUUUAGUCUAAAGGCACAAACAUGAAAAAACAAGAUACGGAAGAGUCUGCCACUGUGGGCAGCGAGGAUAGUCCUCCCACAGCGGGAGGGAUGGAGUCACCUGCAGCUGCUAAGGACAGCUCAGACAGCAGCAGCCCCAAAGAGUCUGGACCACAGACGCCACAGACGGACACACCACCGCAAGGACAGAAGGGGGGGAGAGAAGGUGCAGGUGCUGCCCUCUCUCAGUGUGACAUGGCUGAGGAGCUGAGCCGGCAGCUGGAGGACAUCCUCAGCACCUACUGUCGGGAAACCCUUUCAGACGACGCCAGUGCCUUUCCCAACGGCCAGUCACACAGCCCAGAGCUCAACGGCCUGAGCAAUGAGAGGGAAGAUGACAAGGCAGAGGAAGGCAAAGUCAAUGGCGGUGGCAACGGGGCAGAGAAGGAGCAGAAGAAGUCUCAGGAGAAGAAGAAAGUGAAGGGGCUGGGCAAAGAGAUCACCCUUCUCAUGCAGACUCUAAACACACUGAGCACCCCAGAAGAAAAGCUUGCUGGUCUCUGCAAGAAGUAUGCUGAACUGCUGGAAGAGCACCGCAACACCCAGAAACAGAUGAGGGUGCUGCAGAAGAAGCAGACCCAGCUUGUCCAGGAGAAAGACAACUUGCGCAACGAGCACAGCAAGGCCAUCCUGGCCCGGAGCAAGCUGGAGAGCCUCUGCAGGGAGCUGCAAAGACACAACCGCACACUGAAGGAGGAAGGGAUGCAAAGAACCCGGCUGGAGGAGGAGAAAAGGAAGGAGGUGACUUCCCACUUCCAGGUGACGCUGAACGACAUCCAGGUCCAGAUGGAGCAGCACAACGAGAGGAACGCCAGCCUCCGCCAGGAGAACACGGAGCUGGCUGAGAAACUCAAGAAACUUUACGAACAGUACAAACUGCGCGAAGAGCACAUAGACAAAGUGGUGAAGCACAAAGACCUGCAACAACAGCUGGUGGAUGCCAAACUACACCAGGCACAGGAGCUGCUGAAAGAGUCAGAGGAACGCCACGACAGAGAGAAAGACUUUCUGCUAAAAGAAGCAGUAGAGUCUGAGAGGAUGUGUGAGCUUAUGAAGCAGCAGGAAGUUCACCUCAAACAGCAGCUGUCACUGUACACAGAGAAGUUUGAAGAGUUUCAGACGACUUUGUCCAAGAGUAACGAAGUGUUCACCACCUUCAAGCAGGAGAUGGAGAAGAUGACUAAAAAGAUCAAAAAGCUGGAGAAGGAGACGGCCAUGUAUCGCUCCAGGUGGGAGAGCAGCAAUAAGGCUCUGCUGGAAAUGGCCGAGGAGAAAGCUGUGCGUGACCGGGACUUUGAGGCACUUCAGGGGAAAGUCCAGCGGCUGGAGAAGCUGCGGCGGGCGCUCAAAGUGGAACGAAACGAGCUGAACAAGAAGGUCCAGGGCCUCAGCGGUCAACACGACGCCACUGCAGGAGCAGGAGCCUCGGACCCAGGGACCGACUCCCCCUCCCCACCACCUACAGACUCUCUGCUGGAGCCCAGCACCUGUCCCGCCCCAGACCCCACCUCCUGCUCCCACUCCUGCCACUGUGGCCCUGUACUGGACACAGACACCUUACUAGAGGGGGCUCAGCCUGUGCCUGCACAGGAGUAAAGCAGCGCUGCUCACACUCUCCUCCCUCUCUAGCAUCAAGCCACUAAAAGAUAAGCCACCAGCCUGCAAGCCACUACUCCUCUGCUGGAUGAAUGUUCAACACUGGUUUAUAUAUUUUUAGGCAGAAUAUCAGAUCGACAUUUAACAGAAGGGUUAACUUGUAUCUUCCCAGUAUCACCUGCAGGCUUUCAUAAAGGUGAGCGCCAUAUUCAGCUUCACCUCUGUGGAUUUACAUGCACACUAUAACUCAAUUACUGUGAAUUACUUGAUUAAGGUCUUACUAAAGCAUUUACAUGGGUUGCAAUAACCCAACUAACUGCAAUAAUUUCCUUAUUCAUUUAAUGUCUGGUUUAGCAUGAAUGUGUGUUCGCCCUCAGGAGGAAUCUUAUUAACAUCACAAAAAAGAAUAAUGGGAGUAUAUAUGCCUCACUGUUUAGAGGUUAAUAAAUAAUUUUACUAAUUAGUUGUGAAGUCAUUUUGCUGACAACCCCAAAAGGACGGGGUUUUCUAGGACAUGCACACAAAUAUCAGAGUAAUGUAAAACAUUGACAAGUCGUCUAGCUCCAGCUUCAGUCUUGAUUCACAUGCAGUCAUCUGUAACAUUAGAGAUGAUUAGAGUGCGUGUAAUUGCACUGACUGCCUCCGUGUUGUGCUGUUUUACUACACAAGUGUUGUUGAGUUGUAACGGCACAGAUCCGCCUGGCAACAGGAAUAACUGCACACUGGGAUGACACAAGCCAAACCUGCUUAUUCCAAGUGGAGUCUUUAAGAGGUUCAAUUGAGUGUAUGUUUGCACGUGUGUGUGUGUGUGUGUGUGUGUGUGUGUCAUAUCUGCAGCAUGAGUGUUCCUGUUCAAGGGGUUUUCACUGAAGCCGUUUUUAAUUGUUUUCUUUCACGUUAAGUCUUAACAGGGAUGUCGGACUCUUUCUUCAGACAACAUCAGUUCUUAAGAACGUCAAAAUAAUAAAGGUUCUACAGAAUCAGUGGAGGAAAUGUCUCAGUUUGACUUCCUGUGAGGCCCUUGCUCAUGUUUUACACUGCUUCACUGUGCAGUGUCUUAAUUUUAGGUGUGUUGUUACUAUUAUUUUUCUAUUAUUAUUUCUAUCAUUCUUUCUGAGUUGAUUUGUUUGUGGCUAAUUUUAGUUUUUUGGUCUGCGCAUCACAUGGUCACGCGACCACUUUAAACUUGUCUAACUCCAUGGCUGUGCUCUGGUGUGUAUGGUGUGUGUGUGAUUUAUCUCUUCUCAGUCCUGGUAAUUGCAGUAGCUUGUAAUCAGGUUUUAACAAGAGAAUGUUUAAGGACCUCUAUGCAACACUCAUGUCUUGGUUUGAUUCUGUGGCGGUCUAAACUGACAAGCACUUAGCGGAGAAUGUAUAUUCAUUAUACCCACUGUCCCGCAUGGAUGUACUGUAAAAACAGAAGGCAUAUCUCACAGCAGAAUUAUUACUAUAAAUAUAUAUAUAUAUAUUUUUUUUUUUUUGCUAAACUUAAUAGUUGGACAUUGAACGUAAUAUCGUGCAUCUCUACGAUGCUUCUGAAAGGUGCCGUAACUGAGCCUAGUGGGAAUAUGGAGGGAAAAGUAGUGCAAAUGUUAUCUGACUUUUGAAUUGUAGUUUCACUUUCAAACAUGUCCAUUCCUCUUCACACAUUCUUCUGUACUCCUCUAAUAUGUAGCAUCGGUUACUCAGCUGAACUGCUCAACUGAAAUGAGUCAAACCUUACUUCCAUCGUCCCGUAGGACGUUCAUUGUUUCCCGAGGUUCAUCGACCAUGAGAAGGAACCAAAGAUGUUUCCUUUUUUUUUGUCUUUUCCAGUACUUUUAUCUUGUAUAUUUUGUUUCUUGUUAAAUAAAAGAUGUUAACAGUGUA